AUGAUGUGCUGUUUGUCUGCUGAAGCUCGUGAACAAAAGCAGAUUAAUCGUGAAAUUGAAAAACAAUUACGGAUCGAUAAAAAGAAUCAGAGACGAGAAUUGAAACUUUUACUAUUAGGUACUGGUGAAAGUGGCAAGAGCACGUUUAUAAAACAGAUGCGUAUUAUCCAUGGCUCAGGCUACUCUGAAGACGAUAAACGUUCAUUUGUCAAGUUGGUGUAUCAAAAUAUAUUUAUGGCCAUGCAUUCAAUGAUAAGAGCGAUGGAAACAUUGAAAAUACAAUAUAGAGAUAAACGAAAUGAAGAGCAUGCAUUAUUAGUUCGUAGUGUUGACUAUGAAACAGUGACAACAUUUGAAUCUCAAUAUGUUGAAGCAAUAAAAAGCUUGUGGAAUGAUCCGGGAAUAAAAGAAUGCUACGAUAGAAGAAGAGAAUAUCAGCUAACCGAUUCUGCUAAAUACUAUUUGGAUAGUAUUGAUCGUAUUGCCUCGCCUAGUUAUUUACCAACAGAACAAGAUGUAUUAAGAGUUCGAGUACCGACAACAGGAAUUAUUGAAUAUCCAUUUGAUUUAGAAAAUAUUAUUUUUCGGUUAAUGGUUGAUGUUGGUGGACAGCGUUCUGAAAGACGAAAAUGGAUACAUUGCUUUGAAAAUGUCACAUCGAUUAUGUUUCUGGCUGCUUUAAGUGAAUAUGAUCAAGUUCUAGUCGAAUCCGAUAAUGAAAAUCGAAUGGAAGAAAGUAAAGCAUUAUUUCGAACAAUUAUAACAUAUCCGUGGUUUACAAAUUCAUCUGUGAUUUUGUUUUUAAACAAAAAAGAUUUACUUGAAGAAAAAAUAAUGCAUUCACAUUUGGUUGAUUAUUUUCCAGAAUUUGAUGGUCCUAAACGAGAUGCUCAAGCUGCAAGAGAAUUUAUACUGAAAAUGUAUGUUGAUUUAAAUCCAGACAGUGAUAAAAUUAUAUAUUCGCAUUUCACAUGUGCAACCGAUACUGAAAAUAUCCGUUUUGUAUUCGCUGCUUCUACAAGAAUAAUGGCUGACGACGCAGCUGCAACAACAACAAAUUUAACUGAUUUGAAAAAGAAACGUACAUUUCGUAAAUUUUUAUUUCGUGGUGUUGAUUUAGAUCAAUUACUAGAUAUGCAAACAGAUCAGUUAAUGCAAUUAUUGCAUUGUCGUGCUAGACGUCGUUUAGGACGUGGUUUAAAACGAAAACCAAUGGCAUUAAUUAAACGUUUACGUAAAGCUAAAAAAGAAGCAGUCGAAUUAGAAAAACCAGCUGCUAUCAAAACACAUUUGCGUAAUAUGAUUAUUGUACCAGAAAUGGUUGGAUGUGUUGUCGGUGUCCAUCAAGGAAAAACAUUUAAUCAAAUUGAAAUUAAGCCAGAAAUGAUUGGACAUUAUUUGGGAGAAUUUUCCAUUACCUAUAAACCAGUUAAACAUGGUAGACCUGGUAUUGGUGCAACACAUUCAUCACGAUUUAUACCAUUAAAAUAA